UAUAUAUUGAGAAGAGUAAUAUACGUACAUUUCAAGGGAAACAAUAUCACUUACAUGGUAUCAGAGGGUUCUAGCGAUCCAGAACCAUUUUAAUUCCCUGCGCCUCUCUCUUCUCUUUUUCAUUCCGCAAUAUCUCUUUCCUCACCUUCAAUCUUUUCUUUUCUCUAUCAUGGCGGUUCCUCCUGCACAAAUCGAACGUGCCUAUGGUGUUACUAACAUCAAAAACCAAAUUCCCUUCGUCUUGGACAUUGAAGAUGGCAACUAUGAUGCCUGGAGGGAACUUUUCCUCACGCUUUGCCAAAGCUUUGAAGUAUCCGGCCAUCUCGACGGAACGUUGUUACCAGCAAACGAUGCAGACGAGCCUUGGAAGAAACGCGACGGGCUGGUAAAGCUGUGGAUCUAUGGCACCCUGUCCAAAGAUCUCUUCAAGAGCACCUUCAAAACAGGAGGAACUUCGAGGGAGAUCUGGCUACGGUUGGAAAACUUCUUCAGAAACAACAAGGAGGCUCGGGCCAUACAACUCGAUCACAAGCUGCGUAACACGGAGAUUGGAGAUCUCUCCAGUCAUGCUUACUCUCAGGAACUCAUGUCUAUCGCUGAUCUACUCUCCAACCACGACGCUCCGGUGAGUGAGAGAACGCUGGUAACUUACCUUCUAAAUGGUCUCAAUGCCAAAUAUGACAACAUCAUAAAUGUCAUCAUGCAUCGUCAGCCAUUCCCAAGCUUUGAGGAAGCGAGAUCUAUGCUUAUCCUCGAGGAAGAACGCCUCGGAAAAGGUAAGAAGCCGCAACCUUCCAACAAAGACUCAGCCUCUUCGGCGAAAGUCCUUGCUGCAACUGAAUCGGGUCCUGACCAGAAGGAACAACACACCAAGAACCACCAACAGCAACGCUUCAAUCAAACAAAAGGGCACAGAGGAAGGGGAGGACAACGUGGCAAAGGCAGGAAUCAACAUACCGGCUCUCGUCCUCAGUACAACCAGUGGAACACUCCUUACUGGCAAGGCGGGUUCCAGAUGUGGGCACCUCAGCAGUUCAAUCCUUGGGCUCAACUCCCUUACGCUGCAUCUCCCCAGCCAGGUCUGUUAGGUCCAAGACCGCAACGCCAACUACACGGACAGACCUCACACGGUGGGAAUCAGAAACAUGAGCCAGCUGUGGACUUUGCGCAAGCCUACAACACGCUGACACUCAUUGAUCCGUCCGAUACAAAUUGGUAUAUGGACUCGGGAGCAACUGCACACCUUUCAAACACCACAGGUAAUCUUAAGUCUGUUUUUAACAAUAGCAUUGGAAAAACAGUUACAGUUGCAAAUGGAGGAUCUUCAUACGAAGAGGACGAUACUCCGCAGUGA